CCUACUUCGGGGAGCAUGGCCCGUGGGCGUGGCGUCACGGCGCUGCCAGGAGGAGCCUGGGCCCGGGCUGGCCAGUGCUGCCCCUGCUCUGUGCACGCUGCCUGCUCCAGCUGCCGGCUCCGUCGGUGUCCCCUGCAAGCCUGCAGGAGCCCAUGGGGCAGUGAGCAGACAGGCAGGAGUGUGGGUCCCGGCUGCUGCCCAGGCUCGAGCACGACAGUCGGCAUGACCAUGACUUCCCUGCUGGGGCUGGGGCUGAGGCUGGGCCUGCUCCUGGCCGGCCUGGUCCCCCUGCAAGGCCUCCUGGAACCCGGCUUGGCACCCUGGCACCCCGGGGUGCUUCGGGAGAGGAAGGCGGCCCAGGAGCUGGCCCGGAGGAACACGGCCUUCGGCCUGAAGCUCUUCCGGAAGCUGGUGGCCCACGACUCGGGCGGCAACGUGUUCUUCUCCCCGUUCAGCAUCUCCAUGGCCUUCGCCAUGCUCUCGCUGGGCGCGCAGGACUCCACGCUGGCCGAGAUCCGGGAGGGCUUCCUGUUCGGGGGCCUGUCCGACAGGGCCCUGCACGAGGGCUUCAGCCACUUGCUACGGCAGCUGGAGCAGAGCGGCCCCGACCUCAGCCUGGCCCUGCAGAACGCCCUCUUCAUCGACCACAAGCUGCGGCCACAGCCCCAGUUCCUGACAGACGCCAAGAGGCUGUACGGGGCAGACACGGUCCCUGCCGACUUCCACAACAUGGAGGCCACUGCGAGGCAGGUCAACGACUACGUCAGCCAGAAGACACAUGGGAAGAUCACGGACCUGGUGAGGAGCGUCGCCCCCGGCACCGUCAUGCUGCUGGUCAACUGCAUCUUCCUCCAAGCCAAGUGGAAACACGAGUUUGACCCCAAGGAGACGAGACAGGAGGACUUCUUCCUGAGCACAAACCGGUCGGUGAAGGUGGAGAUGAUGUCACGCAGGGGCGAGUACCAAGUCGGGCACAACGACCAGCUCUCCUGCUCAGUCCUGGAGAUGCCCUACGAAGGCGACGUCACAGUCACCUUCAUCCUCCCAGAUGAGGGCAAGAUGGAGCAGGUGGAGAGGGCCAUGGGGCUGGACGCUUGGGAUGGACUGAUGGUUUCGUGCGUGAAGAGGGUUGUGGAUGUCUUCGUCCCCAAGUUCACCAUCACCGGCAGCUACGACCUCAAGAGGACCCUCUCCUACAUGGGUGUCAGCAAGAUCUUCGAGGAGCAAGGAGAACUCACUGGAAUCUCUCCCCACCGCAGCCUGAAAGUGGGCAAAGCAGUGCACAAGGCUAAGUUGAAGAUGGACGAGCGCGGAGUGGAGGUGGCGGCAGGCACAGGGGCCCAGACGCUGCCCAUGGAGACGCCCGUGACCUACAAGCUGAACAGGCCCUUCCUGAUGAUACUGUCAGAUAAGACCAUGCAGUCUGUGCUCUUCCUGGGCAAGCUCGCUAACCUCAGUGGGAAAUAAAGGGCCUCACCUGUGA